AUGAAAUUUCCAAUCGAGACGCCAAGAAAGCAGGUGAACUGGGAUCCUAAAGUGGCCGUGCCUGCAGCAACUCCACCCGUGUGCCAGCCCAAGAGUGCCACUAACGGGCACCAUCCGGUUCCCCGCCUCUCCAUUUCCUCCCGAGCCACGGUGGUAGCCAGGAUGGAAGGCGCCUCCCAGGGAGGCCUGCAAACAGUUAUGAAGUGGAAAACAGUGGUUGCCAUUUUUGUGGUUGUGGUGGUCUACCUCGUCACAGGUGGCCUUGUCUUCCGGGCAUUGGAGCAGCCCUUUGAGAGCAGUCAGAAGAACACCAUCGCCUUGGAGAAGGCAGAAUUCUUGAGAGAUCAUAUCUGUGUGAGCCCCCAGGAGCUGGAGACAUUGAUCCAGCAUGCCCUCGAUGCUGACAACGCAGGAGUCAGCCCAGUGGGAAACUCUUCCAAUAGCAGCAGUCACUGGGACCUUGGAAGUGCCUUUUUCUUUGCUGGAACUGUCAUCACCACCAUAGGGUAUGGGAAUAUUGCUCCAAGCACUGAAGGAGGCAAAAUCUUUUGUAUUUUAUAUGCCAUCUUUGGGAUCCCACUCUUUGGUUUCUUAUUGGCUGGAAUUGGAGACCAACUUGGAACCAUCUUUGGCAAAAGCAUUGCAAGAGUGGAAAAGGUUUUUCGAAAAAAGCAAGUGAGUCAGACAAAGAUCCGGGUCAUCUCAACUAUUCUGUUCAUCUUGGCUGGCUGCAUCGUGUUUGUGACGAUCCCUGCUGUCAUUUUUAAAUACAUCGAGGGGUGGACAGCCUUGGAGUCCAUUUACUUUGUGGUGGUCACUCUGACUACAGUAGGCUUUGGUGAUUUUGUGGCAGGGGGAAAUGCUGGUAUCAAUUACAGAGAGUGGUAUAAGCCCCUGGUGUGGUUUUGGAUCCUGGUUGGUCUUGCCUACUUUGCAGCUGUCCUCAGCAUGAUUGGAGACUGGCUUCGGGUUUUAUCCAAAAAGACAAAAGAAGAGGUGGGUGAGAUCAAAGCUCACGCAGCUGAAUGGAAAGCUAAUGUCACCGCUGAGUUCCGGGAGACAAGGCGGCGGCUCAGUGUUGAGAUUCAUGACAAGCUACAGCGAGCAGCCACCAUCCGCAGUAUGGAGCGCCGGAGGCUGGGUUUGGACCAAAGGGCCCACUCCCUGGACAUGCUAUCCCCAGAGAAACGUUCUGUCUUUGCAGCCUUGGAUACAGGCCGUUUCAAGGCCUCAUCCCAGGAAAGCAUCAACAACCGACCCAACAACCUGCGCCUUAAGGGGUCAGAACAGCUCAAUAAACAUGGGCAAGGCGCUUCUGAGGACAACAUCAUCAACAAGUUUGGGUCCACCUCCAAACUCACCAAGAGGAAAAACAAAGAUCUCAAAAAGACCUUACCCGAGGAUGUUCAGAAAAUAUACAAAACCUUCCGGAAUUACUCUCUGGAUGAAGAGAAGAAAGAGGAGGAAACGGAAAAGAUGUGUAACUCAGACAACUCCAGCACAGCUAUGCUGACAGAAUGUAUACAGCAGCAAGCUGAGAUGGAGAAUGGCAUAAUACCCACGGACACCAAAGACCAGGGGCUGGAGAACAACUCAUUACUUGAAGACAGAAACUAA